GGUCCCGCUGCUUCCUGAACACAGAAAUCUGAGGUGCAGGUAGACAUCCUCAGACAGUUACAGACGCGAAGGGAAAGUAGAUGGUGUUUUGAAGAUUAAAGUGCACCUGCGAAUGAUGGGAAGGAGUGCCGUGGACUGCCGUACCGCUGUCAGCUGUGUGUUUGUCGCUCGGGCCCGCUAGGCUCGGCUCGAGUCUGUUAGCUUUAGCCGCCCGCAGCUGUCGUGCGCACUUGCAGAAGCAAAAUGGUGUUGCUGUUGAAUCCGCUGGAGAAUCUGAAGACCUACAUAAGCAGCCGUCCUCCACUGGUCAUUUUUAUGGUCAGCGUCAGUGCCGUGGCCAUCGCUUUCCUCACCAUUGGAUACUUUUUUAAGAUCAAGGAGAUCAAAUCACCUGAGAUGACAGAGGAUUGGAACACCUUCCUUCUGCGUUUCAACGAGCUUGACUUUUGCAUCUCUGAAAAUGAGACGCUUAAGCACAGCUUGAACGACUCCACCACACCAGAGAGCACAGUGACGAGUAGUCAGGCACGAUCCAGCACCCAAUCACCGCCCCUCCUGGAGGACCCAGGGCCAAUCAACAUCUCUGUACCCAUCACGUUGACCCUAGAUCCGCUGAGGCCAUUUGGAGGAUAUUCACGUAAUAUUACCCACCUUCAUGCCAGUGUUCUUGGCCAGCAGGUUGGACUUACUGGAAGAGAGGCCCAUGAAGAGAUGAACAUCACUUUUACUCUACCAGUGGCCUGGACCUCCGAUGACUGUGUUCUUCAUGGCCAUUGUGAGCAGGUGGUCUUCAGCACCUGUAUGACCAUCACAGCAGCCAGUAAUGUCUUCCCGGUCACAGUGCAACCGCCUCACUGUGUGCCAGAGACGUACAGUAAUGCCACGUCCUGGUACAAGAUCUUCACCACGGCACGAGACUCGGACACCAAGUACACGCAGGACUACAACCCAUUCUGGUGUUACAAAGGUGCCAUUGGGAAGGUGUAUCAUGCAUUGAAUCCCAAGCUCACUGUCAUCGUUCCAGAUGACGAUCGCUCUCUCAUUAAUCUGCACCUCAUGCACACCAGCUACUUCCUGUUUGUUAUGGUCAUCACAAUGUUCUGCUAUGCAGUCAUCAAGGGCAGACCCGGAAAAGUUCGACAGAACAAUCCAGAGUUUUGUCCAGAAAAGUUUUCUUUUGCUGAAAAACCUGCAGUAUUUCAAACUCAGACAAGAUACAUACAUGGUGGCCUUGUCAGCGGGAUAAAAUGGGGUCGGAGGUGAACGUCUGAGCCGAAGCAUAUCGGAAAGUUGUGAGAAACUACAUGUUGCCUACUGAACCCAGGAGAAGGGUGCAAAAAAAAGCUCUCUGAAUGAAUUUCUCUGCAAUGUUGGGUCUCUCCAACCAAAGACUUUUAAGUGCCUGUAUCUACUGUGUAAAUAAUAAUAGGACUCUUAAAUUCAGUGAAAAAAUAACAGUCUGCCUGAGCCCCCGCACCCUACGGCAUCCUGUAAAUGUUCAGUAUAUCAAGUAUCGAGAGAGAACGGUGGUUGACUAAAGAUGUUAGGAUAAGGAACAUUACCUCCAGUAAAUUAUCCCGUAUUUCAUUUCUGUGCUUUUGCAUUCUUGAUCACAGAAAAUCUCACCCCACUUCCAAUUUAUUUUCUUAAGGAAAUUAUGACCUUGUUGUCUUCGCCUUGUCAUUCCUCCUCGUGUCUUGGUCAUAAUUGACACUUAGAUCGCGCGUGGCAGAUGUGUGGAGCUCUUCCAUGGGCCAUGUUCAGGUUCCUGGCGUGAUCUUGGACGAGUUACACUAGAGAUAACAGCGGGCAUCCACAUGGCGUGUUUCCUUUAUCAUUGGACUCCUUUAAUGUUUUUCUGUGAACGUGAUUGUCUGAAAGAAAUGCCUCAACCGAAUUUAAUGCAGUACUCUGUAAAUUCCUCAUUCCUUGAGACAAACAUGACGGGUCGAAUCAUGCUUCCCAUGUCUUAAAACCUCUGCGUUAGCGAGUCGAGGUCGAAUUUUUGUUCUUGGGAGCGAUAGAUUUGUAUGUUGUCUGUGUGAGAAAUCUGAAAAGAUCACCUUGCUUAACCUCGCUUAGAUCUCGUUUCUCGACACUGUUCGACUGAAUGUAUUUGUAAAAAGUAAAGCAAAUUAACAGCACGAUGCAGCAUCGAUGAUCUGAAAUAAUCUCAUGUACAUAUAACAUCCAAGUAAAAAAACAUGUAAAUCAUUAUUGUAGAUAUUUUAUUUUUUGUAAUCAACCUAGUUUUUAGUACCUUUUUGCUUUAGCUGUUUCUCAACCAUCCUGUUUCCUGCCUUUUUUUGUAUGUUAUUGUUUGCUUAAUUAGAUUUUUAAGCAACACCUCUGUUUUCUUUGAAUCUUAUGUGCAAUAUCUGUCUCCUUGCCUUCAUCGGACCUAAUGUUUUGUAAUGUUUACCCUUUUGAAAACCAACAUAUCGAAGAACAUACAUGGUGUAGGAAGAAAUGUAUGCCGAAUGUUGCCCAUGCAUUUUCUGCCCUUCCCUACAUUCUAAAACCUCCCAUACAUGUGUACAUGCAUAUAUACAGAUAAAAAGAGUAUUUGUUAUUACUCUGUGAUUCAUGUUGUAUAUGAUUUGAGCUUUUACUUCACUGUUGAUCAUUGGCAAGCCCAUUUUCCCAUCAUGCCUCACUCUAUGAAACCACAUUGGUUGUUGUUUGUCACCAUCGCUACAUUCUGCAUUCAUUACAGCCCAUAAUAAAUGCAUCCAACCACUAAUGUGCCUUUGCACUAGUCAAGCUGUGUCACCCAUACACUGUACAUAGCUUAUUCAGUUAUCUCCGGUCGAUCCCGCUGUAUUCAGUUUGAAUUAAGAUAAGUCUAUACUCAUAUUUUCAAGGCAAAAAUUUCAUUAUAGUUAAAUUAUAGUUAAAUCUGGGAUUCAGUGCUUUCGAUGCAAGAAUGAAGAUGGAACAAGAAGUCUACAUCACUUACCUUUAUUUAGUUUCAGACCUAGUACAAAGAUUUUAAACUGCCGUGGGAUAAACAUGAAGUAUUUGGAAACCAUCGUAGAAAAGCAAUGUCUUGCAUUUGAGAUGUUUUUAGUAGUUCACUUCAACGAUUAGCCCUGAAGUCAUUCGCUUUUAUGGUUUCAUUUUGCAAAUUUAAGAUCGGAUUCAUGCCCUUCUGGCUGCAAAAUGAGCGUUUCUGAAACCAUACCGUACACUCUUCAUAACCGCAGCUGAUGAAUAAUAACAUCGCAGUUUAAAGUUGGCCUUUUAGUGUUAAUGGAGGACAAUAGAAAAUGACAGUGAAUUCCACAGACGCUGCUGCCUGAUGCUCUGAUCAUAUUGAUCUUUCACCUUGGUUUUCCUUUGGGCUUGUAGGAAUUGAAGUGUAUCUGUAAGUGGUAGAAGGCCCUCUCCCCGUCCGAGCUUGCGGCUCUCUGGUUCCUCUGUGUUUGGUGAGAGAUGUUGGGAGCUCCUUGUCAUGAUAAUGCAUGAUUGUAAAUGUUCAACCUGCUGACCUGUUUGUAUGAGGACAAUCCCUCUGUUUAUGUUAUGUUUGUAAGAUAUUGUAGGCACAUGCUUUGCUGAAUAAAAUCCGAGAUAACACCGA